AUGAUUCUACAAAGCGACAAUGGUAGGGAAUGUGCAAACCGUAUAAUCAAAAAUCUUGCUGAAAUGUGGCCCGGAUUAAAGCUGGUCCAUGGAAAACUUUGCCACUCGCAGAGUCAAGGGUCCGUAGAGAGAUCAUAUCAAGAUGUAAGGGACAUGCUGGUUACAUGGAUGGCCAAUCAACACACAACAAAAUGGUCUGAGGGGCUGCGAUUUGUGCAAAGCAAUAAAAAUCGGUCUCUGCAUACAGGAAUAACGAAAAGUCCUUAUGAAGCUAUGUUCGGCGUGCCUCAGAAAAUCGGUCUCAAGGAUUCGUCACUUCCUGAAGAACUUUUGUCUAAAAUCGAAACACAAAAAGAGCUGCAAAAGUUGUGCGAUCAGAAGAAUUCAGACGAAAGUGAACAUGAUGAAGAUCAACGAGAGAAAAUUUUGUACAAUAUGCGAAAAAGAAAUUUCAGAUACUUAUCAAUGUUCAGUUUGUUACCUACCUAUUCAUAUCAUUUGCGGAAAAACUAA